AUGGAUAAAAUGUUUGCAAGAUUUGAAGGUAGAAAAAGUUUGAAAAAAACCAAGAAUGUUGAUGUACAUGAUGAUAAGGUUGAAUGUGGUCAUGAUAGAGACAAUAUUAAGUAUGUUGAAGUUGUUGAUAGUGAUGAUGAGGAGUUAGUUAGUGAAGAAUUUGAUGAAAGUGAUAAAAUGUAUGAUGAUAUAGGUAGUAUGCAUGAAAGUAGUGGUAAUUUGCAUGAUCAUGGUGAGGAUAAUGUUGAUGGAGAUGACCCUAUUAUUAUUCCCCACUUGAAUCAACAAUUUCCUAAUUUACAAGCCGGGGAGAAUAUGUUUAGGGCGUAUGCUUUAAAGAAUGGUUUUGCAAUUAAGAUACAAAACACACAGAAGCGUGCCAAAGAUAAAUCCAUAUAUGGUCGAUUGUAUGUUUGUAAUUUAGCGGGAGAAACUCGUGGGAAAAACCCCGUUGAUGACGAUGAAAUUUUGAUUGGUAGUCUUGGUAGUGUUAAGGGCAAACGGCGUAGAGAUGUGCUUCCUAGGAGUGGAUGCAAAGUUAGAAUGUACUUGGUUAAUAAGAAAAAAACAAGUCAUUGGGAGAUAACCGGUUUGGAAUUAGAACACAAUCACCAAGUUGUUACGCCUUCUAAGAUGAGUUUGAUAAGGCGGGAGAAACGUGUUAGCGCGGCACAAAAAAAUUUGAUCAAGAGCUUACAUGUUUCGGGUGUCCAACCAAGACAACAAAUGAAUAUAUUUGGUAAAAUGCACGGAGGAGCGGAACAAGUAGGUUUUAACAGCCAAAAUUUAAGAAAUGUCGUACGUGAUUUUAGGAAGGACAACAUGGGAGUUAAUGAUGCUCAAGCCGGUUUGGAUUUGUUGUACCGUAUGCAAGAAGAGAGCGGCGGUAAGUUUUUCAUCAAGACUCUCCUCGAUGACGAACAAAGGUUGAAGUGUCUUGUAUGGGUUGAUCCCCGCUCUUUGAUGGCGUACAAAAACUUCGGUGAUGUGGUUGCGUUCGACACCACAUAUCGAACUAAUAGGUAUGCUAUGCCGUUUGUGCCUUUCACCGGAGUCAACCAUCACUAUCAAUCAAUACUUUUUGGUUUUGCACUCGUUCGGGAUGAAUUGAAGACAACUUUUGAGUGGGUUUUGAGUACUUGGCUAGAAGCAAUGGAAGGCAAAGAACCCUUGGCUAUCAUAACCGAUCAAGAUCAAGCUAUGGCCGCGGCUAUUGAAUCACAACUUCCGAACACAUCACAUUUGUUAUGCUCAUGGCACAUUAGCAACAAAUUCCCCGAGAAACUUGCAACAUAUUAUUCGAAGGAAGGGUUUAAAUUUGAUUUCAACAAUUGCAUAUAUCACUCUUUGACUGAAGAUGUGUUUGAAGAUCGUUGGAAUGCUUUGGUUUUGAAGUACAAUUUGGAAGGCAACACAUGGCUUCAAGGGUUAUAUGCUUUGAAGCAUAAGUGGGUCGAGGCUUACACAAGAAACACUUUUUCUGCGGGUCAAAAGACCACAUCAAGAAGUGAAGGAAUGAAUGCAUAUUUCGAUGCCUAUGUUGGUUCUUGCACCGGUUUGAAAGAUUUUGUAGAGGGUGCACAAAAAGCUUUGGAGAGGCAAUUCAUGCGUGAGAAAGACGAGGAUUAUGUGACGUUUCAUAGAAGUCGUUGCAUGCAAAUGAAAACCGCUCUGGAGCACCACGCAGCUUCCAUUUAUACGAAAGAAAUGUUUCGAAGAUUUCAGGAACAAUUGGUUGAAUCAUCUAAGUACUUUGUGGAGAAAGAUAGAGAUCGGUCCUUGGAAGAUGUUCAAGACACGUUCUACAAAUGUUAUAGACCGUUGAUGCAUGCUUCUCAGAGAAACACGUAUCUUGUAUCAUUCAACAAGGCGUCAUUAUGGGGUUCAUGCAUUUGUAGAAUGUAUGACAAUGUUGGCAUACCAUGCCGUCACAUUAUUGCCGUCUUGACGAAGAGGUGUGUGGCUGAACUACCGGCACAUUUUGUGAAACGGCGUUGGACUACCGGCACAUUUUCUAAACAAACGCAAAUAAGUAAUGAAAACUUAUUGUAUGAACUUUUAAAAGUCAUAAUGUGGUUAAGGGGUCCUAGAAGAGUAUAUAUGAGCAUGUAA